AUGAAACAAUUCACUGACUUAGCUUCAACUAAACUUCUGAAAUAUGUUAAAGAAACUUUAGACACGGCAGAUCAUUUAUUACCAUUUGAUUUUAAAGACCUGUCAUUUGAAAAUUAUAGCAAGAAACUGAAAACAAAAAUGUGGGAUCGAACUUAUCCAGAACAACGUUAUCAACUCACAUAUGACAAGGCUAAUUUAUGGCGGAGAACAAUAUUGAUAAUGUAUUGUUCACAAUUUUUUGACAAUAGUAAAAAAACAUUUCGUGAUCGUUUUCUUGAAUUAACAGAGGAAUUUGCUCAACAAUUGCCUCCGAUUAAAGAGCGUACACUUAAACUAGCUGAUACUAACGCAUUGCAUCUUAAUACACAUUCUGUUGAUGAUCAACUACGGAAAAAUUUAACUUCUAAUUUUCUAAAAAUUGUUAAUAAAACGUCAAAUGACUUAGCCCAACAUUUAUACCAAAAAUAUAUAUAUGAAAUGGAAGUGGUAUUAAAUAAAAUUUGUCCUGAAGAAAAUAAUUUAUUUCGUACUAAAAAAUUACAUUAG